CGGGUUUUUUGGCGAACCGGACUCCUUUUCCAUGUACGGCAGCAACCGGGUGAAGAGGAGACCUUCUCCCUACGAGAUGGAGAUCACCGACGGUCCUCAUACGAAAGUGGUUCGUCGCAUUUUUACCAAUAGCCGUGAGAGGUGGAGACAGCAGAAUGUCAACGGAGCCUUUGCAGAGCUUCGCAAGCUCAUCCCCACUCACCCACCAGACAAAAAGCUGAGCAAGAAUGAGAUUUUGCGCCUGGCUAUGAAAUACAUCAACUUCCUGGCCAAGCUGCUCAAUGAUCAGGAGGAAGAAGGAAACCAAAGGGGCAAAGUGAACAAAGACUCUGGGAUAGUCCAGGAAGACCUCCUGCAGGACAUGUUGUCUCCUAACUCUAGCUGUGGAAGUUCUUUAGACGGAGCGGCAAGCCCGGACAGCUUCACGGAAGAGCAUGAAACACUAGAUUCGAAGCACACACGGAGCCUGCACCAUGCCAUUCUCCCUGUAGAAGGCAAUGCGCAGCGGUGAUGACCUUCCACAUCGCUCCCAAAGC